AUGUCGAGCCGUCCUACCGUUGGAAUCGUCGGCGCUGAUGGCGCCAGCAGCGGCAAGACUCUGUCACUGCCAGCUGUCUUCAGCUCCCCAAUCCGUCCCGAUAUUGUUCAGAGUGUUCACUCCGGAAUUGCAAAGAAUAAGAGACAGCCAUAUGCCGUGAGCGAGAAAGCAGGCGAGCAGACAUCAGCAGAAUCAUGGGGAACUGGUCGUGCCGUCGCACGUAUUCCUCGUGUCUCUGGUGGCGGUACUCAUCGAGCUGGUCAAGCUGCCUUCGGUAACCAGUGUCGAUCUGGUCGUAUGUUUGCACCGACCAAGGUCUGGAGAAAGUGGCAUCAGAAGGUCAACGUGGGUCAGCGCCGAUUUGCAACCGCAUCUGCUAUCGCAGCCAGCGCCGUCCCUGCUCUCCUCUUGGCUCGUGGACAUCGCAUCUCCACCGUCCCAGAAGUCCCCCUCGUCAUUUCCAGCAAGGCAUUCGAAGGUGCUGCACUCGUCAAGACAUCUGCUGCAGCUGCUCUAUUGAAGGCUGUCGGUGCCGGCCCAGAUAUCGUCAAGGUUCAGAAGUCCCGAAAGCUUCGUGCUGGAAAGGGUAAACUGAGAAACCGACGCUACCGCCAACGCCGUGGUCCUCUGGUGGUUUACAACCCAGAGACCGAUGGCAAGGAGCUCCAGCGUGCUUUCCGCAACAUCCCCGGUGUCGAAACGUCCUCCGUGUUCGCGUUGAACCUCCUUCAACUCGCCCCCGGUGGCCAUCUCGGCCGCUUCAUCAUCUGGACAUCUGGUGCCUUUGAGGCCUUGGAUACCAUCUAUGGCUCCACCACUGAAGCAUCCGCCUUGAAGAAAGACUUCCUUCUCCCUUCUAACGUGGUCUCCAAUGCCGACAUCACCCGCCUCAUCAACAGCUCCGAAGUCCAAUCCGUGCUCAACGAGCCUAAGGGGUAUGCUACUACCAAGCGGACGGGCGUCCAGAAGAAGAACCCUCUACGCAACAGACAGGUUCUCCUUCGUCUCAACCCGUACGCUGCUCAAUACACCAAGGACAAGUUGGGCCAGAAGGGAACCGGAGACGACAAGAAGCCUAAGCGCGCAAGUGCGAAGUUCAUGGAGGUCUUGCAUGAGAACUAG